UGCGUGUGUGUGUGUGUGUGUGUGUGUGUGUGUGUGUGUGAGUUGGGGGGUUGUUUUCUAUGGGUAUAAAAGGUGGUCCCCGUCCUCUUUGUCAAAUCAUACAUCAAGUGUCCAAGGAUCAGUGGUUGAUUGUGUUUGUGCGGCGAUAAUGGCUUUGUUCAUGGAUGCAAAUUUCUCAACAGUAAAGCAGGAACAGAGGGAAGAUGUAGUGGAUCUCAAAGGGUUAUUUGGGGAACAGGAACAAUGUAAAGAGGUGCACAGUGAGAGCAUCCCGCUCACCUCAGAGCUGGAUCGAUCUGGUAUCCUGAACGAGGGUCCGAGAAAGAGGAAGCGGACCAUCUUCAGCCGAGCUCAGCUGUCCGAGCUGGAGCAAGCCUUUGCCGUCACUCCUUAUCCAGACAUCACCCUCAGGGAGACCCUGGCUGCACACACACACCUGCCUGAGAGCAAGAUUCAGGUAUGGUUUCAAAACCGACGAGCCCGAAGUAUCAAGACUGGGAGACUACCCAAGUCUACCAAACAUGUUGUGGCAAGUAGGGGGCUUGCAGGAUCCACCUCUGGGGUGGUGACUUCAGCUUUUCCAUCCCCAUCCACCUUGGCAGACAUAUUUAGACCGGAGCAAAACCAACCUUGUGAAGACAUCCCACAAUUCUACUCUGACUGGUUCCAACUUUACAGCAAUCAGUCUACACCAUCCACUUCAACGCUCCACUCGCAGCCCACCCUUGGCUCCCCAAAACAAUCAGAGUCUCGUCUCUGGGAAGAGGAGUGGCAUCAGCGGCCACAACUCGGAUCGACCCUGCCUACUUUCCUUCCUGGUUCGUUGUCACAUCCCAUCACCAGGCAACAUCACCAUUCUGCGUCGAGCCACUCCUACCAGGCCCUCAGGAACCUCAAAGCCCAGAGCAUGGUUCAGUCUGGGGCUCAUCAGUCGCGAUACGGGGGUGAAGCUGGAGGUCACCUUUCUGUUGACCAAGUUGUUCCUUCUCACUCUCAGCCAGCGUACUGGGACGUAACUCAGGGCCAAAGACAUCACCACCAUCAUCAUCAACAUCACACACAAAUGGGACCACAGACCUCUAUGGGCUACAUCUCAGACCUAAUCUACAAUGCUGCUAUAGUUACCAACUUCCUGGAGUUUUGAUGAUGUGUAUUGUAAAAUUCCAAUAUUUUCCCAUUUAUGUCCUGUGUCUAAACACACCAAAGACACAAACUGAAGAAAACAUCGAAUGGUGUAUGUUGUUGUUCCUUUGGUUAACGUUCCAGUUGUCUUUUAGAUGUAGUUUGAGUUCAAAAAAUGCUAUACCAAAUGUCAUGACUAAGACUCAACUUGAUGAACUUUAAAAUGUGCAAUAAUUGAUGGCAAA